CAAACUUGAUAUUGAGCUGCGCCACGAAGCCACCAAUAAUUCAUGAAGCUGAGAGGUCAGGUCUCGACCCAACCUUAAAUGAGGUAAGAGAAAUCGACUUUAGGCGGACAAUGCGAUGUUUGAUUGGUUGGUAGUAUCCGUCGAGUCAGGCCACCAAGCUUUGCUCAGCCUCGAGUGAACGAUACACUUCACUUCAAAAGCGUCGCCUCCAGCACUUAUAUACUACAUAGGAUUCCUCUGUUCAAAACUUUGCAUUACUCUAACAAUUAAUUCCUCUCCGAAACUCAAUCCAAUUCAAUUUGAAUUCAAGUUUCCAACGCGAAAGCUGCACACAAGGCUGGUUAGUGCCUUCUGGCGUCGUACAGAAUGCGACUUCUCAACACAACCACAUUCGAGCUCGAAGAAUUCUUUGGAACCAAUAUACCGCCAUACGCCAUCGCCUCCCAUCUGCAUGGGAAAUCUGAAGUGACUUUCCAAGAUUUGUUAAAUGGGAAGGGUCCCAUGAAGGAGGGAUGGAGGAAGAUUGUCGGAUGUUGUGCUCAGGCUCGGAAAGAGGGCUGGAACUGGGCAUGGAUCGAUACCUGCUGCAUAGACAAAAGCAGCACCGCCGAACUGUCUGAGGCCAUCAACUCGAUGUUCCGCUGGUACCAGCGAUCACAAGUCUGCUAUGCCUACCUAUCAGACGUUCCCGAAAGAGAAACAGACGUUUACGCAAUUGGUUCCGCAUUCCGAGAAAGCAAAUGGUUUACAAGAGGUUGGACGCUCCAGGAGCUUCUCGCUCCAAAGAGCGUGGUAUUCUACAACAGCGGCUGGGUUGAAAUUGGCACCAAGAAGAGCCUGGAGACUCUGGUAUCGGCCAUCACUAGGAUUGAACAUUUGUAUGGAUGGGAAACAUCUUCAGUUGCACAGAAGAUGUCUUGGGCUUCAAGACGAGAGACAUUGAAGGAAGAAGACAUAGCAUAUUGCCUGCUUGGACUAUUCGGAGUCAACAUGCCACCGCUAUACGGCGAAGGGGAGAAAGCCUUCCUUCGACUACAGACCGAAAUCAUGAAGAUCUCAGAUGACGAAUCAAUAUUUGCCUGGGUCGACGAAACUCUCUCCAAUGGCACGAGCGGCUUGUUAGCCCGAUCUCCUGCAGCGUUCAAAGAUUCAUGGGACAUUGAUUUUUGCCCCAAUUUCCGAGGCGCACCUUACUCAAUGACAAACAAAGGCCUACAGAUCAACUUGUCGCUAUCUGCUCCAAAAAGGACUCGAACGGAGCGGAUGCAUGCUUGCAGGAAGGGCGGUUCAGAAGAUCAAGAGUCAAAGGUUUACACGGCCUUUUUGUACUGCGCUAGGAGAGGACAGGAUGAGCUGCUUGGUCUGAAGUUGGUUAAGCAAUGGCGGUCGCCGGAAGAGUAUUCACGCACGUCUUGCUAUAAGUUGCUAGGGAUGGCGGACACCUUGACAGGACAACCGGCAGAGAAGACUGUGUUCAUUCGCCAAGACGAGAAUUACUAUACUAAUUUGGAACGCAGCUUAGCUUGAGCGUGAUUGAUGAAAGCGUUCGGGAUUGGAGAAAAUUGUAUUCAUAGUCGUAGAUGGAGCAUAAUUGGCACAAAAUCAAUCCAUAAGCUUGACGCAAUCAGAAAUUUCCAAGCAGAUCACAAAAGUAUCUAAUACGAAGCAAAGUCCCC